AACCCUAGCCUUCUCAGACCUAUAUAUACAAUCUCUAUAUUUAGCCCUAAAACCCCUUCGUAGUUCGUACCAUUUCUAGGGCUUCGACGCUUCUGCUCUCAAUAUCUGGGAUUGUUCAGAUUACUAUUUCAAUACAAUGUCUACCAGUGAGCUUGCCUGCACUUACGCCGCUUUGAUUCUCCACGACGAUGGCAUCCCCAUCACCGCCGAUAAGAUUGCGACUGUUGUGAAAUCUGCGAAGUUGUCAGUGGAAUCAUACUGGCCGAGCCUUUUCGCCAAGCUUGCGGAGAAGAGGAACCUUGAUGACCUCAUUCUGAACGCUGGAUCUGGUGGAUGUGCAGCUCCGGCCGCCGUUCCCUCCCAUUCCAGUGGUGCAGGCGCUGCCGCCCCUGCCGCCGCCGCGGUCGAGGAGAAGAAGGAAGAGCCUAAGGAAGAGAGUGAUGAUGAUAUGGGAUUCAGUUUGUUCGAUUAAUCGGUUCAUCAGAGUACUGUUCCUUUGAUUUUUAGCAAAUUAGGAUAGUCGAGAAUCUUUUUAAUUUUUUGUUUCACAUUUUUGAGAAAUUUCUUUUUGAUUUUUGUCUUUUUGACAGUUUGACAUAACUCUCGUUCAAUGCAAUAUCCAAACUUUUCUGCUUUGAUGUGA